AUGCUGAUGCUGCAGUCCUUAUGUGCAGGUUCCUCUGCAAUGGAUGCCACUGAAUCAAAGUCACAGCGCCGGCCAUUUUCAAUAAAACUGUGGCCCCCUAGUCAAAACACAAGGCAAAUGCUUGUGGUACGCGUUACUGACAAUCUCACUACUAAGUCGAUUUUCACCCAGAAGUAUGGCAGUCUGAGCAAAGAGGAGGCUGAGGAGAAUGCAAAAAGAAUCGAAGAUGUUGCUUUUGCUACUGCAAAUGAACAAUACGAAAAGGAGCCGGAUGGUGAUGGAAGCUCUGCAGUACAGCUUUAUGCCAAGGAAUGUAGUAAGCUAAUUUUGGAAGUACUGAAAAGAGGCCCUUCUAGUAAGGAUGACAAAGAAGUUUUGGCAUCCAAGGAAGUUAGUGCACCCCAUGACACUGUGUUUGAUAUAUCUAAAGGCACGCGAUCCUUUAUUGAGGCGACGGAGGCUGAGGAAAUACUUAAGCCAUUAAAGGAGCCAGGAAAUUUUUACACUAAAAUAUGCUUUAGCAAUAGAAGCUUUGGUCUAGAAGCAGCCCAUGUUGCUGAACCCAUUCUGGCCUCCAUCAAGGAUCAUUUGAAGGAAGUUGAUUUGUCAGAUUUUAUUGCUGGAAGACCAGAGGCAGAAGCACUUGAAGUUAUGAAUAUAUUCUCCACUGCUCUGGAAGGUAGCAUUCUUAAGUCCUUGAACCUUUCGAAUAAUGCCUUGGGUGAGAAGGGUGUUAGGGCUUUUGGGGCACUCCUUAGGUCUCAAAGCUGCUUAGAGGAGCUUUACUUGAUAAACAAUGGCAUCUCUGAGGAAGCUGCAGAAGCAGUUUGUGAACUAAUUCCUUCCACAGAGAAGCUUACGGUUCUUCAAUUUCAUAACAAUAUGACUGGAGACAAAGGAGCACUUGCCAUCUCUAAGGUUUUGAAGCGUUCCCCCUUACUGGAAGAUUUUCGAUGUUCCUCCACAAGGGUAGGUUCUGAAGGAGGAGUUGCCUUAUCAGAAGCACUUGAGACUUGCACCCAUUUGAAGAAGCUUGACUUGCGAGACAACAUGUUUGGCGUAGAAGCAGGAGUUUCUCUGAGUAAGGCUCUUUCCAAAUAUGCUGGUUUGACAGAAGUUUAUUUGAGCUAUCUUAAUUUGGAAGAUGAAGGUGCCGUGGCUAUAGCUAGUGCUCUCAAGGAAUCAGCUCCCUCGCUGGAAGUCCUGGAUAUGGCUGGAAAUGACAUAACUGCUGAAGCUGCUCCGAUUGUAGCUGCUUGUAUAGCAGAGAAGCAGCAUCUUACCAAGUUGAACUUGGCUGAAAAUGAAUUCAAGGAUGAAGGUACUAUCAAGAUCAGUAAGGUCAUGGAAGAAGGCCAUCUCCAGUUGAAGGAAGUUGAUAUGAGCACCAAUUCUAUAGGAAGGGCUGGUGCUCGAGUCUUGGCUAGGGUAGUGGUUCAGAAGCCUGAGUUUAAAUUUCUGAACAUCGAUGGGAAUUUUAUUUCAGAUGAAGGCAUUGAUGAGGUAAAGAAAAUGUUUGAGAAAUUCCCUAGUAGGCUUGGAUCCUUUGAUGAGAAUGAUCCUAGUGGAGGUGGUGAUGAAGAAGAGUCUGGAGAGGGCGAAUGUGAUGAGCAUGAGUUGGAAUCGAAACUGGAGAAUCUUGAAGUUAACAAAGAGGAUUAA